UUUUUCGGAAAUCCGGCUAAAUUGACGAUAGAUUCAGAUAGGUUUUCUCUGGAAGUGAUUUCGUCCAAUGUAAGGGCGCAUUGUGUGCGCGUACUGUCAGAAACGACCAGUUAUGGCUAGGAAAUUAGCUUCCCAUAACGCUAUUUGCAACGAGAUAUACUUUAAGUUACAGGAGUGCGAGAAUGAGACUCCGCUACUGCAAGUUAUAGCAGGCCAUUGCUUUCACUAUCAGAAACUGUUAGAUAAGUGCGUUAAGGGCCAGAGGGAGCGUCAGCGAGCUGAGAAUCGAAGAAAGGCCAAUGAGAGGACUGUGAAGCUUCGGGAGUAUCUACAGAAUACAAACAAUUGAUAGGUGUAGCUUAGUUAGUUCGUAAAGGCAUUUAACAUGAACGGCGAAACAAAAAAUGUUUGUCCUUGUGAUAUCCUGAAUCCUAGCAGUGAUGGAAUAACAGAGAUUAAUGUAACAAAAAAUGACGACUCGAGUACAGCUGCAAAAAAAUUGAAACUCGGUACCAAUUCAGAGGUAGGAAUCAAAGAUUCAUUGAUACGAGACUCAAUGGCAUUGGAUUCUAAAGACUCUAAGAUCGAAAGUGAUGCAGACAGCGAAUCGGUCCAUUCGGGUCGAUCCGACAUUGCGGACGAUGAUCUCAACCAUGAUUUUCCAACCGAAGGUCCGGAAGAUAUAUUGCAGAGUGUUGAUCUCGAUGAACCGCUGCCUACUAUUACGGAACGUUACUUUACUCCUUACUAUCAGGUCGAUAUUCAAAAACCUUGCGACGAUAUCUGCAUUCGUAUUCACAGUAAUCGCAUUUGUAUGUUGUCAUUGGCAAGCGGGCAUACUCUGCUACAAGGAGAGAAGAAAAUAACAAAUGUGAAUUUUAAAGUGAGCAACAAAUUAGAUAGGACGUUAAAUAAAGUGUCCGGGAAGAGUAAGCACGGUGCACAGCCUCUGCAACACAAUUCGAAUAUAUGUUUCAUAACCCGUUCGGACGGCGAAACCUAUGCAAUUAAAUGCUGCAUGAUAGGAAAACUGGUAGAAGUGAACGAGAUGUUAGUAGAAAAUCCGGAGCUCCUUCGAGAAUCACCUCACCAAGGGGGCUAUUUAGCACUUAUUCUACCAAAACUGCAGCAUCUCGAGACGUUAAAAAGUUCUUCGUUGACGCAAGAAGCUUACGAUGCACACAUAUUAAAAAGGCAAGAAAUCUGUAAUCAAGACCAGUGCCAAUUAAACACAUCUCUAACAAACGCUGACAAGGAUGCAGGAUAAGUGACUCUCGAAUGCGAAUGACAUGUAAACAAGAAAAUGCAAUUGUGUAAUAUGCUUCUAAAUCAUUUUUAGUUUUACAGUUAAAUAAAGUCAUAAGCACAUCGCCUUAACAAACCA